AGUCAAUUGCCAAUGUAGACUCAUUCGACGCGCUGUCUUGUUUGCGUGAUGCGCUUCAGAACAAUCACACAAUCACCAUGAUAUCUAGACUUUCUCGUCCUUUCUUUCGUCGAACUCCUCCACUUCCAUUGCAUCAAAAUGGCACUCCUACCUGUCGCACGCGUUCAAGAUUUUUUUCUGUCUCCCCGCGUCCUCACCUUAUGGAAAUGUCUGGAUUCUCAGAAGAUCAGUUAAUGGUUCGGGAAGCAGUUGAGAAGAUCUGCGCAAAUUUCCCUGAUGAAUACUGGGCAAACCAUGAUGAGUCAGGCGAGUACCCUCAUGAGCUACAUGCUGCGCUGUCCAAGGAUCGAUGGAUUGGUAUUGCCUUGCCAGAGGAGCUCGGAGGUGCCGGUCUAGGAAUCUCAGAGGCAACAAUGAUGUUGCACACCAUAUCGGAAAGCGGUGCUGGGAUUGCGGGUGCGCAGUCUAUUCACGCUAAUGUGUAUGCAACGCAACCUGUCGCUAAAUUUGCAACUCCGGAACAGAUGCAUAAGAUGCUACCGAAGCUGAUUGGAGGAGAAUGGAGGGCAUGCUUUGGAGUCACCGAACCAAAUACCGGCUUGGAGACUCUCAAGCUUCGCACCUUGGCUACUAAGGACGGAGACCAUUAUGACAUCAGUGGUCAGAAGAUCUGGAUAUCAUCGGCGCAGGUUGCCUCGAAAAUGGUUCUCUUAGCCAGAACUACGCCUCUCGAAGAUGUGAAGAAGCCAUCAGAAGGCCUUUCGCUCUUCUUCAUCGAUUUUGAUAAGAGCGCACCCGGACUAGAGCUCAAGAAGAUCAACAAGAUGGGUGGAAGAGCCAUCGAUGCCAACGAGGUAUUCUUCGACAACUACCGCGUUCCUGCGGAUACUUUGAUUGGGCAAGAAGGACAAGGCUUCAAGAUCGUACUGCACGGAAUGAAUGCGGAACGAUGUCUCCUCGCAGGAGAAGCUCUAGGUCUUGGAUACGCUGCUCUAAAGAAGGCAUCGGACUAUGCGAGAGAUCGAGUGGUAUUUGGAAGAGCCAUUGGACAGAAUCAAGGCAUCCAACAUCCACUCGCUGCGGCUUUCAUGAAUCUCGAAGCGGCGAAACUGGCCACGUACCAUGCUGCACGACUUUAUGAUGCCAGUGGCAAAGACUCGACUAUUACACCGCAUGCUGUUGGGGUGGCCUGCAACUCCGCCAAAUAUCUAGCAGCUGAGGCGGCAUUUACGGCCUGCGAACGGGCCGUACUGACACUCGGAGGCAUGGGAUAUGCCCAAGAAUACCACGUCGAACGUUACCUACGAGAAUGCUUCGUGCCACGAAUAGCGCCCGUCAGCAGAGAAAUGAUAAUGAAUUACGUGGGCGAGAAGGUUCUGAGACUACCACGUAGCUACUAAAAUAUAGCAGCAUACCAGUCAUUCUUGUAAGCGUUUGCUCAGCGACGCGUCGGCCACCACGACUUGAGUCACUCCGUGUCAUAGCACAGCGAAAUAACGCAGACGCUCAGAUCUAGCUGUAUAUAAGUGUCAAACGCCCGAUGAACUAGUCCUCUC